CUACCCAUCGCCAUGCUCUCUAUUUACCUUUUGAGCCUUGUUGGAAUAUUAGUCUGGAUACAUUUUUUGUGGACCCGCCGCAGAUUCUAUAAGCUAAUGUUUCAGAUACCUGGACCUAUGGGUCUUCCACUUAUUGGUGUCGCUGCAGAAUAUGGAAUCAACAAAGUAAGAAUCAUUAAGCGCACCAAGUACUUGGACAAUUAUGGUUCAACCAUUUUAACCUGGGUCGGCAUCACGCCCGUCAUUGUCACUCGAGAUCCUAAGAUCGCUGAGGAUAUUCUUACUUCCCCAAAUUGUCUCAAUCGGACUUGGCGGGUAGCAAGUGCCAUAGAAGAUCUAUUUGGAAUCGGGUUAUUGACUCUACAAGGUACUGAAUGGGCUGCACGUCGAAAGCAUAUGAAUUCCAGUUUUAAGCACAAUGUCUUGCUCAGUUUUCUUCCCAUCUUCAACUUUGAAACAAGAGCUCUGGUCGCUGAAAUGGACAAUUUCGUGGGUCAAGGUGAAAAAGAUUUGUUAAAACCAUUACUAAGAUGGUCUUUAAGAAUAGCACACCAAACCACACUGGGCGCUAAGGAGCAAAAUGAGAAGAAUUUUAAAAACAAUUCUCCUAUCGAUUCUUGGGAACACCUUAUAAUAUUGAUUGUUGUUCAAAUAUUACUGCCCAUUUGCCGAAACAAAACCAUCUCCAAUCUUUUUGGAUUGGAAAAAAAGAAAAAACAAGAAAUAUCAAAAAUUAGUUCUCUCAUGGAUCCAAUUAUUGGCUUAAAACUAAAUUCGGAACCGGAGUCUGGUACAGAUUCAGCUAAACACAUUGUCAUCAACCGAAUUAUGGAACUUUAUCGGAAGGAUGAAAUAGGUUUACAAGAAGUGAAGGGGGAGUGCUAUAAUAUGGUUGGGGCUGCCUUUGAGACAACAGCUCUUACAGUUCAUCAUACUCUUAUUCUCCUCGCCAUGUUUCCGAAGUACCAGGACAUUGUUUUCGAGGAGCUAGAAGAGGUCUUCCCGGCUGGUGGAGACUUCGAAGUCGAGCACGAGAACCUCCAAAAAUUGGUGUAUCUAGAUCGCGUUUUAAAUGAAACCAUGCGACUAAUCCCGUCCGUUCCGAUCCUUGCCAGAGAUACUCAGGAAGACUUUCAACUUUCUAAUGGAGUGCUUGUUCCCAAAGGUGUAGCUGUUUUCGUCGACAUAUUCAACAUGCACCGCAACAAGGAUCUUUGGGGACCAGAAGCUGACACCUUCAAUCCUGACAAUUUUUUACCCGAAAAUGUUCGCGAGCGGCAUCCUUAUGCCUUCAUGCCCUUUUCAAAGGGAAAAAGAAAUUGUAUAGGCUGGAGAUAUGCAAUGAUAUCGUCAAAAAUAGCCCUAACCCAAAUUCUCAGAAGUUACAAGUUAAGCACUAGUUUUCGAUAUGAAGAUCUUGUCUUUGUGGAUAAUAUAAGUAUGAAGCUGACUAUUUCACCGCCAAUAAGUUUCCAUCGAAGAAACACCGAAGCAGAAUAAAAUUAAAAUUUGUAUUUUUAUUGGUUUAUAGUGGAAGCGGCUGGUGAGAUACAAUGA